AUGUCUGGCAUAUCGAACAGUUUCGUUGCUUUAAUUUUGUGCAUUUGCGCUUUAAACCAAGUGAUAAGUGCGAGUGCUCACAAAAUUCCAAGCUCACCAGCUCCAGCAUCUGAAACAGCCGAUUCGGAAACUGCUCCGAACUCUUCGGAGGAUGAAGGCAAAGGACAUAAUGGCUGUAAAGUGUUGUGGAAAAAACUCUUGGAGCUUUUGAGUCCACUGUUAGGCAAUGAUGAAGAUUCAUCAGCUGCUCCAGACACAGCAUCGCCAGCUCCAGACUCAGCAUCGCCUGCUCCAGACUCAGCAUCGCCUGCUCCAGACUCAGCAUCGCCUGCUUCAGACUCAGCAUCGCCUGCUUCAGACUCAGCAUCGCCUGCUCCAGACUCAGCAUCGCCUGCUCCAGACUCAGCAUCGCCUGCUCCAGACUCAGCAUCGCCUGCUCCAGACUCAGCAUCCCCUGCUCCAGACUCAGCAUCCCCUGCUCCAGACUCAGCAUCCCCUGCUCCAGACUCAGCAUCGCCUGCCCCAGAAGCCUAA